AUGAAAAGAAAUAUUUUUGGAAAAGUUGCAGCUUUUAUGUAUACUAUAGAGUUCCAAAAACGUGGUUUACCACAUGCCCACUUCCUUAUCAUACUUACAAAUGAAUACAAACUACUGACUCCAGAUUCUUACGAUAAUGUCGUUUGCGCCGAAUUACCUGAUUUUACAUCAAAACAGUAUCUGCGGUCGCUUGUUCGGCUACAUAUGAUGCAUGGACCUUGUGGCAACUUAGAUCCAGCUAAAUCAUGUAUGCGUAAACAAGGCUGCGAAUUUAAAUAUCCCAAAACUUUCGCUGAUCGAACAUCAAAAGGAAAGAAUUCAUAUCCGAUUUACAAAAGAAGAAAUACAGGAGAUUUUGUAAAGGUCAGAAGUCAGUAUCUUGAUAACUCGUGGGUUGUCCCUUACAAUCCGUUCUUGCUUAGCAAAUUCAACUGCCACAUAAAUGUUGAAAUUUGUUCGGAUAUUAGAGCUGUUAAAUAUAUUUACAAGUACAUAUGUAAAGGACAUGAUAAGAUUGCAUUUCACAUACAUAACAAUGACACAGAUAUUGAAAUAGAUGAAAUAAAGGAAUAUCGGUCUGCUAGAUGGGUGUCACCACCAGAAGCUACAUGGCAUCUAUUUGGUUUCCCAAUUAACGAAAUUAAUCCGACUGUCUAUCAUCUUCAGCUACAUCUUAAAGGCCAACAAUUUGUUUCUUUUAAAAGUACAGCAAACGUUGAUACAAUUGUAAAUAACCCCAUGAUUAGGAAAACAAUUUUGACAGAAUUUUUCGUUAUGAAUAGAGAAAAUAGUGAUGCUAAACAACUCAAUUUAAUGUAUAAAGAAUUUCCAGGUUACUUUGUUUGGUGGCCGCAAAAUAAGAGGUGGUCCCGUCGGAAAAAGGGGAAUGUUAUUGGACGUGUUGUGACUUGUCAUCCAACAGAAGGAGAAAGAUAUUAUUUGAGAUUAUUAUUAAUGAAUGUAAGAGGACCAAAAUCAUAUAAAGAUCUGCGAACUGUUAAUGAGGUACUGUACAAUACAUUUAGAGAAGCCGCUGAAAAAAGAGGAUUGCUUCAUUGCGAUAACAAUUUAACUGAAUGUAUGGUAGAAGCUGUGAGUUAUCAGAUGCCAUGUAGCUUGAGACGUUUAUUUGCAACAUUAUUGGUAUAUUGUAAUCCUGCUAAUCCAAAAGAGUUACGGGAGAAAUUUGAGACUUCUAUGUCAAAAGACUUCAAAAAUUUCCCAAAAACUGAACCAAAAAGUAUUCGAUAUAAAGUUCUGGAUAAUAUUAAUGACAUCUUAUAUUCAAUGGGACACAACAUUAAUGAUUAUAGACUAAUUCCAGAAAAUUUCAAGCCUUCUGCAGCCGCAAAAGAAGCUAAAGAAAUAUAUUUUGAAAGAAACAUAACUGUUACUGAAGAAGAAUUAUUAUUAGAGAAAAGGCUAAACAUCGAACAACGAGCAGCAUAUAAUGUGAUCAUGGAUAGAAUAUUUUCAGAAAAACCAGGAGCUUUUUUUAUAGAUGGUCCUGGAGGAACAGGUAAAACUUUUUUAUAUCGAGCUUUAUUAGCUACAGUGCGAUCUAAAGGAUUCAUUGCUCUAGCAACAGCAACCUCUGGAGUUGCAGCUUCUAUCCUUCCAGGUGGUCGUACUGCUCAUUCCCGUUUUAAAAUUCCAAUUGAUAUUGAUGAGAACUUUAGUUGCAACAUUACCAAACAAAGCUCACUUGCCUCUUUGAUUCGAGAUGCUAAAUUAAUUGUCUGGGAUGAAGUAUCGAUGGCUAAAAAGAAAAUGAUAGAGACAUUCAAUCUACUUUUGAAAGAUCUAUUGAAUACAAAUGUACUCUUUGGUGGUAAAUUGGUUGUCUUUGGCGGUGAUUUUAGACAAACACUACCAGUUGUUCGGAAAGGGAGAAGGGAUGAUUUCAUUCAUGAAAGCUUAUUAUAUUAUGAUACUUGGGACCGACUUGAAAAAUUGCACUUGUCAGAAAACAUGCAGGCAAAAACGGAUCCGGCUUUAUGUAAAUAUUUGAUGAGAAUUGGAAACGGAAAGGAACCCCUUAACUCUGAAAACAAAAUUGAAAUCCCCAGGUCAUUUAUUGUUCCUUUUACUACUGAGCAGGAAUCUUUGGAUGCAUUAUUUGAAACAACAUUUCCCAAUUUUCAUGAAUUUUUCUAUGAGCCUACUUCGGCAACUUCUCGUGUGAUCCUAACAACAAAAAAUGAGUUUGUUAAUGGAAUAAAUGAUAUGCUUAUCAGUAAAUUCCCAAAGGAUGCUAAAACAUUCGUUGCGAUUGAUGAAACUAUAGAUUCAAGUGAUCAAAGUCAGUAUGAAGAUUUCUUGCAUACUUUAUACCCUGCUGAUUUGCUUGCGGUCGUAGGGAAUUGUGGCGCAAUGAAAUAUACUGCCAACCAAACAAAGCGAUUCCAGGAGGCUAUAGUUAUAGACAACAAGAGAAAACCUUUCUUGUUUAUCAUAUGGGAAGAUAUUGCUGACAACGAAGGAGCUGAGUUACUAAGACAACUAAAAGAAUACCCUGUUAUUAUUGCAAAGCGGAUAGCUAUGACAGAAUUCCGUGGUGGUAUGAACAUACUAUUCCUUGUCAUAGCAACAACUGAUCCAUUUCAUUUAUUAAUAACUUUAACAUACACAGUGCAGCGACUGUCAACAAGGUGUCAGUUUCAGCUUGAAAUCACAGAUGCCAGUGGCACAAUAACAGCAACCGUGUCAGACAGCUUAGCCGAAAGACUACUCUCACUGACAGCUGAGCAGAUAUAUGAGAUCAUCGCUGUCAAGAAUGAAUCGCUGCCUAUUCAAUAA